AUGACAACUCAGACUGGCCUAGACUAUAUGCGUUCGCGCACGAUGGUGGACUGCGAUACUAUGGAUCAAGAAGGUCUAAUUUCGCUUUUAAACAUCCUCGUCUGCAGAUCAGGUUAUCUAAUGAGUUAUGUUCACAAUAGUUGCAAGAUCUCUGGGCCCUUUCCAGGACUGCACAUCCAACCAGAUUCUCGUCAGGCGAUUGCGUUCGGGGAGCUCUCGAAACCGGCACAGGCGACCGUGAUAACUACAUCUCUAUCUGAUGCAGAGAAACUGCAUUCUGAAUACCCGUCUAUCAGUGUUGGAGAGCUAGCUGUGGAGAUCGCGAUGGUCCGACUUGCUGUUACAAUGGCAAGUCAAAUUCAAGGACGUGUCCACGUGCAGACUAAUCCAUACUACUCCUAUUCAGCGGAGAAAACAGUGGUCAAUGCCCUCCGGAUUGUGCGCUUAUUCCAGCACAUCCAACCAGGAUUUGAUGGAUCACGGAUUGCUAUUAAGAUACCAAGUACUUGGGAAGGCUUAAUGGCUUGCCGAACUCUUGAAUUGGCUGGUAUUCGUACACUUGCCACGACUCUCUUUAGCAUGCCCCAGGCCGUACUUGCUGCUGAAGUUGGCUGUACUUAUGUGGCGCCUUAUGUCAACGAACUCAAAGUUCAGAUAAAUACUAAUCUCGUGGAUGAGCAGAAACUUCUGCCUCUUUGCGUCGCCAUACAACAAUUUUACAAAUCAAUCAAUGCAUCGACCCAGGUUCUACCGGCAAGCUUAACGUCCAUCGAGGAGAUUUAUAUGCUCGCUGGAGUCGAUCACCUCACCAUUGCGCCCAAGUUGCUUGGUCAAUUGGCAGAGCCGAAAUCAACCACAGUUCCCUCGUUGUUCGAUACUGCCCCAACCCUCAAAGCUCCCGCGCCAGGUAUUUCGUUCUUGAAUGACCCGGGAAACUUCAAAAUGACAUUUUCCCGGGAUAUGGGCGGUCAAAGCCAUAGAAAGCUGACAGAGGCUAUCAACAUCUUCUGCGACUUCCAGGACAAGUUAGAGCAGAUGAUGAACCGUGCUAAAUGA